AUGUUGACUGCGACUUUAGUCCUGAAUCGGCAUUUUGACACUAAGGCCGCGGGACCACCCAAUCCAGCGCGCAACCAACCUGUGGCGCUGCUUGGGAAAAAUGUGCCUCGACCGUGUUUAUGUCCCCGGAAGAAUGGUGAGACUGUCAAGGCGUUGCAGACCUAUACCGGCGCCACCAUCCAAAUAGAUCAAAGCGUGGACCCUACGCGCGUGUCAAUUUCAGGUGCGGCGUACUCAGUAAACCUCGCUGUAAGCAUCGUCACAGAUAUUAUACGGGCGGACUCGCUUCAGCACGUGUAUCCGCUAAUGACAACUGGGCUUCCAACGCAAAAUGUCUUGGCGCUUCAAACCGACGCCGCGUUGGCCCAGCCCGGGACUAUGUCACUCGUCAACGCCCAGUUACAGCAACUGGCGAUGCCGGGGCUGGGCAACCCCGGGGGGGAUCUGGGCGCGCUCGCAGGCGGUGGAAUCCCCUAUCCAGAGGCGGCCUACAUGCCGGCAAUGCUGCCUAUGGCCGGUGCAGCUGCACACGGUAACCACGGCGGCGUCACUCUGCAGCCGAUUGGGGGCUCGGAGGAGUUCGCAAUGAGCGCAUCGCACAGACUCAUCCAGGCGGCUGGAGGCGGCCGAGGCGCCGUACGACCCAAAUCCCUGCUCGGCUAA